AUGAGCUCGUCAAUUAUUAAUGAUUGUACUAGCAGUAUUAAUAAAUUAUUAUAUGACCAUUCUUUAGGGACUUAUACACUCCAUUCUACUGAUGAUGGAAUGAUAAAUAACCAACUAGUUAGUAAACCAAACACUUGGAUAAACAAUGAAUGGGAGAAAUUACCAGUGUUAUCAAAUACUUUAAGUGAUCUUCAUAAACAUCAUAAAUUAUAUUCAGAAAAGAAAGAUGUUCAUAAUGAUUUACCGCAAAGAGAAACUGAAUUUACAAUGAUAAGUAAAUUAGUUAGCCAUGAAGAUGUUGAAGACAUUGACGAUGAAGAUGAUGAUGAGGAAGAGGAGGAUGGUGGGGAAGAAGACGGAGAAGUAGAGAAAGAUCAACAACUGUCAUUUAUUAUAAAUAAUUCUAAAAUAUCCAGCUUUUCAAUGAACGCUAAUAACUCACCAAUUCCAACUCCCUUAAGUAAUAAUGAUCCUACUAAUAAAAUUCAUGUUCCUGAUCAUUUGUUUAUCAGACCUACAGAUAACAAACGCCCUUUUGGAUUGUUUAGUAAAGAAACUACUAACAUUAACACUAGUUCAUUAUCAAUGCCGUUAUCAUCACCAUCAUCAUUAGUUCCACCUAUGAUGAAUUGUUGUAAACAGGAAGACAAAAGUGCCGUAUGUGAAGCAGAAGAGAAAAAUGAAGAGAUAAUACAAAAUUCAGCAAGCACAACACAUAUACCAUCAUCCCUUUUUCAGUCUACUCUUGAUUCAUCAUGGAAUAAAUCAAUGCCAAAUUUUGGAUCUUGGUUAAGUGAACAAAUAUCUCCUACACUUCAACAACAAUAUCAUAAUGACAAUAGUAUUAUUACUUAUCAUAAAAAUAAUCAAAAUCGUCAUGAACAACUAAAUCCUCAUCCUUCAUAUUAUCACCAUAAUCAUAAAGGAUCCAUUGAACAAUUAUUCACAACUUAUAAAUGUCCAUCAGAAUCACAAAUACAUAUUGAACAAGACUCAAUAAAAGUUUCAUCUGAUAUACCAUUCAAUUCAUUUCAUCAAUUUACUAGUGACUUGUCACCUAACUUAGCUGAACUAGAAAGUAAACAACAUCCAUUUGUUUCUAAUAUACAUUAUCAAAAUAAUCAUACUUAUAUUAAUGAUGAUAAUCUUAUGAAUAUUUAUUGUAUGAACAAUUUAUAUCCCUCAACAUAUACAGAUCUUAGGUCAACACACAAUAAUAAUAAUAAUAGUAAUAGUAAUAAUAAUAGAGAUCAAACAAACUAUCCAGAUACAUUUCAACUCUUUAAUUCAUUCGAUUCUUCAUUAAAUAAUGGAAAUAUAAAAAAUUUUGAUUUAAUAAAUAAUGUUUUUACUAAGAAUUUAAUUGAUACAACAAAUAAUAAAAUGGAUUUAUUUUUUACACCAAUGACAACAAAUUCUAUAUCACAUUCUUCAUUAUCAACUACAGUAACUAUAGGAAAUACAACACCAGUAACAAUGACAAUGACAACAACAAAUUCUAUCAAACAAAAUAUUCCUGAUUUGACAGCUGCAGCAGCGGCUGCUGUAGCUUUUCAUGGUUUAGAUCCAGCUACAACUGUUCAAAUGUUAAGAAUGUCUUCAUUAGCUAAUAAAUUAAGAAAUAAAACAAAAAUUAUAACAGACGGUCGAGAAUGUGUCAACUGUGGAGCUACUCAAACACCAUUAUGGCGUAGAGAUGAAGCUGGACAUUAUCUAUGCAAUGCGUGUGGCUUAUAUCAUAAAAUGAAUGGAACGAAUCGACCACUGAUAAAACCAAAACGUCGUAUGUCCGCAAACCGUAAACUUGGUACAUUCUGUGCUAAUUGUCGAACAUCACACACAACAUUAUGGAGACGUAAUCAACAAGGCGAUUCAGUAUGCAACGCAUGUGGACUUUAUUACAAAUUACAUCAUAUAAAUCGACCAUUAUCGAUGAAAAAAGAAGUUAUUCAAACAAGAAAUCGAAAAUUAACUCAAGCUAAAAAACGCAAAGAUUUAGAACAUUUUACUAAACUAUUAACAUCUAAUGGUACAAAAAUUAUUACAAAAGAACUCCAAGCAAAUAGUACUAAUUCAAAAAUGACACAAUGGUUUAGAAUAAAUCAAAUGGAAUCAACUAUACCAAAACCAACACUUCCUAAUGUAUAUCAUAAAGAAAAUUUACUACUAAAUGUUACUACUACUAAUAGUAAUACUAAACCAUCUUAUAGAAAUUUAAACUAUCCAAUUACAAAUUUUUAUUCAUGUUCAAAAUUUUAUCAAAAAAAUAAAUUAGAUAAGAAUUAUUAUCCUUAUUUAACUGAUUCAACAAAUGAACCCAUUGAAAAUAAUCAUCAACAAUUGAAUGCUGCAGCAGUGGCAGCUGCUGCAAUUGCAGCUAGUUAUAUUAAUGUUUCAACUUAUUCAACAAGUUCAAAUUCAGUAUUAUCAAAGAAUUCAACAAUAUCUACAUCAUCACCAUCUUUAACAACAACUGUUUCAUUAUCAUCAUCAAACAGUUCUUAUGUAUUUAAUAUGAAAACAACUGAUGAAGUAAUAAAAGAACAAAUAAAAAUCCCUAGGAAUUCAAUAGUUUUACAAUCAUCUAAAUCCAUUGAAAAUGAAAUGAUCAAUCAUAAUUCACGAUCUAAGUUUAAUUCGUUUGAAAAUAACGCUUCAUUAAUUUCAACUCCAUGGAAUUCUUUUCUGUCUAAAAACAUUUGAACUAGAUCUUCUAUUCUUUUCAGGGAAAUAAAGAUAAACAUUUUAAGAUAUGAAAAUGUAAUUUGAUAGUUGAAUUCAUGAGUCAAUUGGAGCUGGACCACCAUA